AUGAGCUCGGCCCGCACCCCCCCGGCCAUGAGCGGCUCCCCCGGGCCCGGCCCGCGGCCCCGGCCCGGCCCCGCACGGCCCCGCAGCUCCUUCCUCAUCCAGGACAUCCUGUGGGAGCCCGAGCCAGCCCCGGGCAGCGGGAGUGAGGAGCGGGGAGCGGCCAGCGAGGGGGGCAGCGCGGGCAGCCCGGCCACGGGAGCGCCCCCCGAGGGUCCCCAGCCCGGCGGAGCCCCGGGGACAGCGCGGGGAGCAGAGCCAGAGGCGCCGCCGGAGCCGUUCCUGCCCGAGCGCGGCCCCUCCGCGGCCCCGCCGCCCCCCAGGCCGGGCAAACGCUCCCGAGCCGCCUUCUCGCACAGCCAGGUGAUCGAGCUGGAGCGCAAAUUCAGCCACCAGAAAUACCUGUCGGCCCCCGAGAGAGCGCACCUGGCCCGGCACCUGCAGCUCACCGAGACCCAGGUGAAGAUCUGGUUCCAGAACAGGCGGUACAAGACCAAGAGGAAACAGGUGGUGGCCGGGAUGAGCCGCUUGGACUCGCGUCAGGAAGCGCCGGAAUUCCCGGGAAUGUCGCUGCUGGCGCUCAGGGGCGCCUGGCCCUACCUGCCCUGCCUCUACUACGUCAACUCCUGGAGCCCCUCCUGGUAG